AUGGCAAAUCGCACAGUAAUAACCACAUUCAUCCUUCUGGGACUGACCGAUGACCCGAAGCUGCAAGUUCUGAUUUUCGUAUUUUUGUUUCUCACCUACAUGUUGAGUGUGACUGGAAAUAUCAUCAUUAUCACCCUCACUCUCCUGGAUGCCCACCUCAAAUCUCCCAUGUACUUUUUCCUCCGAAACUUCUCUUUCUUAGAGGUGUCGUUCACCACCGUCUGCAUCCCCAGAUUCCUGUACAUGAUGGCAAGCGGAGACAACACCAUCACCUAUAAUGCUUGCGCCACCCAGUUAUUUUUUAUUAUCCUCUUUGCAGCCACCGAGUUUUUCCUCCUGGCCGCCAUGUCCUAUGACCGCUACGUGGCCAUCUGCAGGCCCCUGCACUACACCACCAUCAUGAGCGGCAAAGUCUGCACGGCGCUCGUCCUCUGCUGCUGGCUGGCGGGGCUGAUCAUCAUCCUCCCCCCGCUUGGCGUCGGCCUGAAGCUGGAGUUCUGCGACUCCAACGUGAUUGAUCACUUUGGCUGUGACGCGACGCCCAUCUUACAGAUAACCUGCUCGGACACAGUAUUAAUCGAGAACAUUGUUUUGAUCUUUGCGGUUCUAACCCUCAUGAUUACCUUAGUGUGCGUGGUUCUCUCCUACACGUAUAUCGUCAGGACCAUCCUAAGGCUCCCGUCAGCCCAGCAAAGGAAGAAGGCGUUUUCCACCUGCUCGUCCCACAUGAUUGUGGUCUCCAUCACCUACGGCAGCUGCAUCUUCAUGUACAUCAAGCCUUCAGCGAAGGAAGGCGUGGCCAUGAAUAAAGGGGUGUCGGUGCUCACCACUUCAGUUGCCCCUUUGUUGAACCCUUUCAUUUACACACUUCGAAACAAGCAAGUGAAAGACGCCUUCAAGAACACAGUAAAACGAAUUGCUUUUCUCACAAAGAAGUAA